GGUUUAUUUCUCGCUUUUUCUCGAGCCUUAACAAACCUGUUGCUGAUUGGUCCACAUUCGCAGACCAAUCAAAACGCCAUUAUCUUGUUGGUACGUUGGGGAAGAAGAAGAAAAAAAAACACUCAACUGUACACAACCUGCAGGAGAGGAAUAUCUCAAACCGUUCUACGGCACUUUUCCUCUUUAUUGGAACAAGUAUGUACAGAACCGGUAACGUGUACCGUGAAGCGUGCAUCGACGGUCAGUGUUGACGUAACGUGCGGGUGGGACCUUCUCCUCUCAAGGUAGCAUCGCGAGCUCGCGGUGCAGCUAGCAUUACAUCGUCAGCGCUCUCACGGCGAUAACAGAAAGAAAAGCCAGUGUUCAUCUGUCAAGCAAGCAAGCCGUCUCCUCCGCUUUGAUCGAUGGUGUGACAACUUUCGAAAGUCCCGUGUGACAGACUUCCUUCAGAGAGCUGGAUACAACCUCCACAAAGGAUGGAGGACUCUCCUCACUUGGACAUCUCUGACAAUGAAGAUAUGGAGGAAGGUGGGGAGGAGGAGGAGGAUGACGAAGACGACGACGUUUAUCAAGGGGAAACUGACAUGCAGCCAGACACGAUGACGUCACUGUUCCCUGAUCUACAUGAACCUCCCAACCAGGAUACUGAGAGAGACUGGAACUCUUCUCCCUGCCAGCACUGCGAGAGACAUUUUACCAGCAAACAAGGCUUAGAGCGACACAUGCACAUCCAUGCGUUGGAGAAGAACCAGGCGCACGCAUGCAGCCAUCAGAGCAGCACGUCUUUCGGGUCAACUCCGGGUCGGCCGCAGCAGGAGAAGAGGAAACCUCUGGAUUCAGUCGGCUCAGUCAUGCAGCGUCAUACAUCCUCCUCCGCGGGCUCGCAUGCUUCCACUGCGUCGGACGGUGACCGCAAUGCUCAGCCAGACAAAUCGGGAGUACCGGAGGGGCGUCACGCUUGCAAGUACUGCGAAAAGAUAUUCACGACACAUACCAACAAGCGACGACAUGAGCUCAGGAUCCACGAGCAGAACCGGCAAGUCGCAGGUGUGGAAAAAACCCAGCUGGCCCAAGAGACGGAUGUUCAGAGGAUGCCCGGUGAAGCUUCUCAAGAGGAAACCGAGAUCGCUGACAAUACUGCAGCUGUUCUGGAGAAUCACGUGGAAUGCGCCGAACAAUACAUGCUGGAUGUCUCCAGCAAUAUUUCAGAGAAUCUCAGCUUUUAUAUCGAUGGAAUGAUCGUGUCAACAAGUACGGUCGGUAGCUGUGAAGCGCCCGAGAUUUAUUCUGGUUCUUCGGCUUCAGUUGGACUGGAUGCCCUGAUUCUAGACCCCGCCCAAAUCAGCCAGGUUUUAAAUACAGAUUCAGUUGCAGGCAAAGAGAUACCCGGUCAACCACAGGUCAAGAGAAGAACUGCAACGCCACCUCUUUUACCACAAAUUAAGACUGAGCUGGAGUCUGAGGUGGGUGUGUCUUCUUCAUCAUCCUCACUUGUAUCUUCUUUCAUCGAGAAUCUACUUCCUCCCAACACCGAGUCCACAGGUGUGCAGAAGGAAAGAACUGUGUUCCUGUCUCCGAAGCUGAAGCAGCUCCUGGAGAAUCAGGACGGACUCACGCCGACACUUGCCCUCAUCGCAGAGGCCCAGAAGCCUUGCUCGCCCGUCUCUCUUUCGGUCCGGGCGGCCGGAACAGGCCGGUUCAAAAGGAGGACGGGGUCCCCGCCGAGCUCCCCACAGGAAAACCCGACAUCCAUAGACGAAACGGCAGAUAGUGGAGAUUGUGAUAGUGUGGGUGCAGGGCAGGCGGAGAGCCAGCAUGGCUCACCGGUGCCCCAAACAGCCGAUGUGAAGGACGACUCAACUCCACAUGUGGAAGAGCCAGCAGUGACGCCCGUCCCCACAGAGAGCUGGACCCCCACCGCCGGCGGUAAUUCCUGUAACCAGCAGCCACUGGAUCUCUCGAAUGCAGUCAGAAGAAAUGAAGAUUUCGCUUUGAGUGACUCGGUCCUGGAUUUGAGCUUCCAAAAGAAGAUCCCAGGUCAACCUGAACCGACGGUGGAUUUAGUGUCACAGGCAGUUUUCAAAGCAGCUAAAUCCAAUGCAUGCAUGGCGGAGACGGCUCUAAUAAUCAUCGGAGAGCAGAAUGUAAGCCUCGGGAAUCCUGAGAUCCCUUUAGUCACGGACUUCACAAUACUGACGGGACCAGAUGUGAUGACCCCGAUGGAGCCCGUGGCAGAGGGACUUGUUUACGGCCUCGCACUUCCCUCCAACUCUUUGAUUGCAUCACCCGCAUCCUUCCCCCCCGUUUCCUUGCAGCCAGCUUCACCGUGCACUCUGGAAUGUGCUUGCCCAGCCUCACACACGGUGCUCCCUGCUGCUGCUGCUUCAUUCAUAACACUUUUGACGCCACCAACUAUUUCCAACCCCGCAAGCCAACCAAUCCCGUUGCUUGCCCCGACUCUAUCGUCCGAGCCCCUGGUGAUCUGCACAGACGGCGCGGUACGCUUCUCCGAGUGCGAGUUCACGACUGCAUUUGCUCCCACAGAUUCUGCGAACCAUGCCGGUCUCUCCCAAUCCCUUGACCCGACUCUAAACCUACCUGCUCAUGUGUUUCUCUCUGAUCAAAUAGCUAUCAGUCGCCCGAUAGUCGAGUCCAUUCCCAUGUCAGAAGUGCAAUUCACGCCCACUGUCAGUUUAAGUGACUCCCUGAUCAACUCUUUCAACAUGAGCAGCCACACGGUGCUCAUCGAGUGCACCAUCGCUCUCGAAGCCCCAGCGAGUAUCGUCCCCUCACCGGACGACGCCGCUGAGCCGCCAGCGCCGACACAGAUGGUUGUCGGCCACAUGGAACGGAUUGUAUCGGUGCCCAACUCCCAAACGGUGGACGCCACUAUUCUCAUGUCCUCUAUUGCAGAAUCAGUAAGUCUGUCCACCCUCGUGAUGUCCGAUCGUCCUGCCGUGGGGCAGUCAAGUCCCGACCCACAGCUGGUUGUCGAUGCAGAUUCACCACUCGUCAAAGAGGAAGCGGCUGCUUCCAGCACGGUUUCCAUCGCGGAAAGCUCAUUUAAAGCCUCCCCGCUUUCUGAGAAAGCCGAAGAGGACGGAGUCUCAAGCGGCGCGCAGCCGCAGACCUUCACCAAGAACUUCAUCUGCAAUGUGUGCGACCGGCUGUUCCAUUCGAUGAAGGAGCUGGGCCAUCACGUGGGCGACCAUGCCGACGGAUGGCCCUACAAGUGUGAGUUCUGCGUGCUGCUCUUCGGCAGACCCUCGGCGCUGCUCGACCAUCGGUCGAGCCUCCACGGCGUCGGCAAGAGUUACGUUUGCAGCGCGUGUACAAAGGAGUUCGUCUAUCUUUGUAAUCUGAAGCAGCAUCAGGACGAACUGCAUCCUGGCCUGCAGUGUUCCUACAGCGAGGAAGAAAAGGGAAAACUAAGACCUCAGAACUACAACAGCUCGGUGACGGUCAAAGCGGAGGCCUCGCUGCCGGACGCUGCAGAGGAGCCCACGAAGCUGGUGAAAAAGGAAGUGGAUGUGGCCGCGGAAGAACUGUUUACCACGAUGAAAAUCCUGGCCUCCAACGGAGCCAACGUCAAGGGGCCGGAUGUGCGUCUUGGCAUCAACCAGCACUACCCCAGCUUUAAGCCGCCGCCCUUUCCUUACCAUAACCGAUCCCCCGCCGGCUCCGUGGCUUCUGCCACGAACUUCACCACCCACAACAUCCCGCAGACCUUCACCACGGCCAUCCGAUGCACCAAGUGUGGAAAGAGCUUUGACAACAUGCCGGAGUUGCACAAGCAUAUCCUGGCGUGUGCCAACGCCAGCGACAAGAGGAGAUACACGCCCAAAAGGAAUCCCAUCCCGCUGCGCCACUUUGCCAAAGCUCAGAAUGGGGUCCUGUCGACCACGAACACGACGAACAGACUGAACGCCUCCAACAGGCCCAGUCAGUCGAACCGCUCCAAGCCGAGCCAGGAAUCGCCAGUGAAAGUGAAGUUCAAGGUCCUGAGCAAAAGGAAGAAGAAGUUGGCCCCGAGGGUGAUGCCGCCGAGGAACAAAUCUCCAUCGAAUAAAAUGUCCCCGGCGCACGUUGCUGCGCAGCAGGAGGUCUUUGUCUGCCCGCACUGCAGCCGGGAGUUCACCAUGCGCCGCAGCAGGACCAAGCACAUGGCGGUCUGCCCCAAGAAACCCAAGGAGGUGAAGAAAAGGAAAGAAGGAGGGAUCUCCGUGACGAAGGAGAACGACGGCCGCCUGCAUCGAAGGGCGGAGGAGAAGCAACAAGCGUCCCCUCAGCAUCAAACCAGACUGCAGAGCUCCGGGCCCGCCAAGAGGCACGCCAUCCUGCCAGUGCAGACCGUCUUCUCCAGCAAGAGGAGUAAAAUAAUCAUCAAAGAGAGCUCGCAGCCCAGAGAGGAGGCGGCCACGCUGAACGAACUCCCCAUGGGUCGCACGUUCAACCCCUCCAUGCGCCAGUACAGCAGAGCGCAGCACAGCCUCAAAGGAAUCCCCGUCGGCAAACCCCGAGCGGCCGCUCCGCAGACGGAGCCGGAGCCGGCGAGCAACUCUGGGCAGAGUCCGACCGCCUGAAGACUUCUCGGUGGCCCGCCAGCGGUCAGCAGGACGCUGCUGUGUGGAGCUCCUCCUGCACGCUUGUGAAGUCGUGAUGCUGAACACUGCAGACCCCCCCGGGCCGGGUUCCCAUCCCGCUGAACGGAACAUGAAGACGGAUGACUCAGCUGAGUAUCUGAAUGCUUUUGGAGGAGCUUGCAGGGUUUUUUUGGAGAAAAUAUUUCUCCAUUUCAUCAAAAUAACAGCUUUGAUUUGCACUUUGAAGUUAUUCUGCCUGCUCCAUGCCACACAUUGGAAAAGGGAGUGGGAGGACUCGAGCUCCAAGCCGACUCUCAGUCCCCACUUUGUGUUUUCUUUUCCAGCGAGAACAGCAGGUGGCAAUCACUCUCGGCAUGCAUUUGCACUUUUGUCUGUCGUCUGCCCUUUUGGUUCCAGCUCUUACUGCAUGCUUGUUCUACAGCUACAUUAAUUGGGAUGGUUAUGUUAAUGCGAUUAGGCCCUGACGUGAAGAAGAUGCAUCUAUACUUCUAAAUGCAGGAUACAGGAUCUCAGCACGGAGACAUUUUAGUAAUGUAUUCAAAAUACAAUAACAUAUUUUAGACUCGAGAAUUGUUUUUUCUUACAUUAUAUUGCCUGUACCAGCGAUAUAUUUUGCCUCGGAAUACAUUUUAUUGAGUGUCUUCGUCUGACUGGGGAGUGCCGAGCAGUCAAGAGAAGAGCCGAGUCAAAAGGUCAGCGUGCCUGGAGCACAUUGAUGAUGAUGAGGGUCAACCUGUCCUCACUAAAGCAACAGGGGGAGGUCGUGACCCACGAGGACCACUGCUCCAGAAUACUGUGCAACACUGGCUGCCACCUACCUGGCAACAUUCUUGUGAGGAUGUCAUCACUCUUGAUUACGAUUGGAAAGGUCUGUUUCCAUUGCUGCUGUGAAUGUAACAUUGGUAGAUUUAAUGCGUCAGCUUUUUGCAAAUCAAAUGUGUAUAUAAUCUGGUGGUCCCAGCUGACAUCUAUUUGUAUGAAUGUGUUGAAGAUACUUCCUUCGAUGUGCCAUCAAAUGUACAUAAUAUUACAACAUGUGGCAUAAAAAGGAUAACCCCUUUUUGUUUGUUUAUAGGCCAUCAUAAAUACAUUUUAAACUCUUGGGAAACGGUUUAAUGUGUUGGCACGUACUCUGUUAUUACCUUUACAGCUUGGAUGCAUCAUCGGCACUUUUACAAAGCCGCGAGUUUAACUGAGCGGCAUUGGAAGAGCCGACUCGUGCAUGUUCUCUGGAAUCCUGAAAUAUUGACAGCAGUGCAGUUUAUUUUGUUUUGCACCCACUUCACAAAGCUCCCGUCAGAAAUAUAAGUGUGACUGUUUUCUUUCCCUUUCCACAACGAUAAAGCGUCUUAAUAGAACUCCAGUCUGUUUGGGUCUGGGUCAUCCCCCAGCGUACAAUAAUCUCGCCAUUGCUUAUAAUCUGUCGGCAACAGUUUUUAUCGUGUGAAGUGUGUAUAAUAAAUUCCACAUGUACAGUGUAAAUCACAAAAUGGAAACGUAAUGCUGGACUUGUGAUGACACAUGGGUGCGUUAGUGGCAAGUUGUCACUAAUCUCAAAGUGUGAGUGUGAUACAUUAGAUCUGUUUGGUUAACAUUUUAAUAAGCUACUAGUUUGAAGAGCUCGUGCUAUACAGGGUACGUAUUUCAUUAUGAUUGUCAUGAUGUUAAACUGGUCAAUGGGCUGUGUUUGAGAGAAUCAAUAAUGGUAUACCUCUAUUUGACAUUUUGCCUUUUCAACCCUCACUGGUAAUAUCUGCUUCCUCCAGACGGGAGGCUGCAACGUGCCGACGUACACGGCGGCUUGGGAGACUGUUAUUUAACUGUGAAAAGUGCUUGUAGCAUUUGGAAGUGUAAAUUGAGUCAUGUAUAUUUAUUAAUAAUUUAAAAUCGUGUAAUCAAUAUCCGAACGGUUCCUCUGUAUGAUUUGCACUAAAGUUUUUCAAAGCGAGUGUUUCAAAUAAAUGGAGAAUGUUAA